AUGACGAACCGAAUGAAUAAAUCAAUCGAGUUUUAUAACGAGUAUGUUGAUUGUACACAAAACCUACCUUUGGACAUACAGCGUCAUGUUACACAAAUGCGAAAUUUUGAUAUGCAUUUCCAAGAAAUGAUGUCGAAAGUAAAAAAUUUGACAGAAAGUUUUAAAGGAAAUGUAUCGUCAGCAAAUGCUGCAAAAUUGACCAAGUUAUUAGUGACUGGAUUAGAUAUAGGUGAUAGAAAAGUUCAAACUUUGCAAACAAUAUCUGACCUAGCUGAAGAUAAAGUUAUGCGUUUAGAAAAUGGUAAAAGACAAUUGGCCUCCAUGAAGGACCCCGAUGUUCCCAAGCAACAUAUCAAAGAUAAACCGGAAACAAGUAGUUGUUCAAAAGAACGAUGCUUACCUAGUACCAGUACUAGUUCUGCAACUAAAGAACUGAAAAAACGCAACACUGAUAAUGAUGGCAAUGAAACUAAUAAUGAUUUAAAAAUCGCAAAACGACCUCGACGCAAUAGAGCUGAUGAACCAGAUUAUAAAGAAAUUUCUGAUGAUGUAGUUGUAAUUUCUUCUUUACAACAUUCUCAUACUCCCUUACCAAGAGCCACAGCAACGGCACAAGUACAAUCUCAAGUGACAUUUAAAAAAACUCAAAAAACAGAAAAACAAACUAAAAAGAAAGGCAAAUAUAAGAAACAACAAAAGGAUAAUUCACCCUCAAUAGACGACGAUGAAGAACUAGCUGUUGAUCCAGAUGAGCCAACAUACUGUCUUUGUGAUCAGAUAUCAUAUGGUGAGAUGAUAUGUUGUGAUAAUGAUUUGUGUCCAAUAGAAUGGUUUCAUUUUUCGUGCGUUUCAUUAUCGACAAAACCGAAAGGAAAAUGGUUUUGUCCCAAGUGUCGCGGAGAUCGACCUAAUACAAUGAAACCUAAAGCACAGUUUCUUAAAGAAUUAGAACGAUACAAUAAAGAAAAAGAAGAUAAAGCUUAA